UUUCAAUGUAAUGAAAUACUAUAAUUUAUUGCUAAUUGUUUGUUUGAAGUUCAACCAAACAGGGCAUUAAUGAAUUUCCUUCUUCCCUGCAAUUCCUUUCUAUAUAAUAAUGGCAAUGAGAAUCAAUCCGAUAGCUUCAGAACUGUAAAAACUCUACCAAACACUGGCCCCUCCUAAAUGCAGAAAUAUUCCAUUUGAAUUUCUCCGAUUCCGGCCGAGGAAAAUGUCUUCCGGCUUCUCCGGCGGCGUCUCCGAUCUGUUCUACACUGGCAGGAGAUCUGCUGUUGUGUCUAACGGUAGUUACGGUUCCAACCUUAACCAACAACAGCAGUUUGGUUAUGGUUCGCCGCUCGCCGGAGGUCUACCGGAGCAGGAUGUCCAGAUCCGACGGUCGAAUUUGAUCGGGAAGAGGCCGCUGGUCGGAUUCCAGCAGCAGCAGGGGUUUGCGCCGCAGAACCAAGGGUUAGGGUUUUAUCUGAGGAACGUGAAGGCUAGGCCUAAUUAUGAGGGGAUGUCUCCGGUGUCGACUCUCUCUCCAAUUGAGUUUUCGUCGAUUUCGCCGGAGUUUUCAUCGAUUUCGUCGGUUUCGAAUUCGAUGAACUCGCGUUUCGGCAGUCAGUUUGUGGCGCACAGCCGUAUGCAGGCGAUGAAUGUUUCGGAUCGAAGCGUUCACAAUGUGUUCGACGGCAUUCCCCUUCCGAAUCAGACGCAGAGCAAGAGGUUGGAGAAUUUUGGAGUAAAUGCGCCGGAGAAUUCUACGCAGAAUCCGGAGAAGAAUAUGAUGAACCAUCGGUUACAGGAGUUGGAGAAGCAGUUACUGGACGAUGAAGAGGAUGGAGAAGGUGUUUCAGCGGUUACCAACAGUGACUGGUCGGAAACGAUCCAAAAUUUGAUAGGUCUAACGCCAAAACCAGUUUCUCCAUCGCCUACAGCUUCCUCAUCGUCGUCGUGUUCUUCUACUUCGGCUUCCCCACCGGUGCUUUGCGCGAAGCAAGCGCUGAUCGAUGCGGCGACAGCGAUUGCCGACGGCAAGACGGAAUCCGCCGUCGAAAGCCUCGCGCUCCUGCAACAGGUAGCGAAUACUAAAGGUACGUCUGAACAGAGACUCUCUGCUUACAUGCUAUCGGCUUUGAAGUCGCGCGUGUACCCCACGCAGCAUCCUCCGGCGGUAACGGAGCUCUGCGGCGACGACCACGCCGCCUCAACGCAUCUGCUCUAUGAAGCUUCUCCAUGUUUCGAGCUCGGUUUCAUGGCGGCGAAUCUAGCCAUACUCGACGCCGCCACGGAGCUAGGCUUCCAGAAGAUUCACGUGUUGGACUUCGACAUCAGUCAGGGAGCGCAAUACUCGCAUUUACUCCAAGCGCUUGCGAAGAAGAAGCUCGAUAACAAACCUCCGGCGGCCUUAAACAUCACCGCCUUCACGGAAUUCGCCGCCGCCGGCGAGAAGCUGCGAAAAGUCGGCGACGAACUGGCGGCGCUAGCCGCCAGUAUCGGCGUUCCGUUUAAGUUCCAAGUGAAGAAUUUGAGUACAACCGAUCUAUGCCGGUCGGGAUUGAACGUACAACCCGACGAAGCACUCGCCGUGAAUUUCGCAUUCAAGCUGUACAAACUUCCCGACGAGAGCGUCACGACGGAGAAUCCCCGCGACGAUCUGCUCCGCCGCGUCAAAUCUCUGUCUCCGGACGCCGUCACGGUGGUGGAGCAGGACAUCAACACCAACACCGCCCCCCUAAUCGCCCGCGUUCGAGACGCCUGCGACUAUUACGGCGCACUCUUCGACUCUCUCGACGCCACCGUCGCCGGAAACCGGGCUCCCAUCGAGGCUGCGCUCGGCCGGAAACUGUCGAACGCGGUGGCGUGCGAGGGGGCGGAACGAUUGGAGAGGUGCGAGGUUUUCGGCAAGUGGCGCGUGCGAAUGACGAUGGCGGGGUUUCAGCCGCGGGCGGUGAGCCAACGCGACGCCGAGUCGCUCCGGUCAAAACUCAACUCGGUGACACGUGGCGGCACGGGAUUCACUCUUAAAGAGGAGUCCGGCGGCGUCUGCUUCGGUUGGAUGGGACGGACGCUUACCGUUGCGUCUGCUUGGCGUUGAUUUUACCGUUUCCCUGUUUCGGGAAAUAACGUGUUUAUUAAGAUGAUUAUUAAUUGUUAAAGUCGUGUUUUUGGUUAGUAUCGUGUUAGUGUGUAUUAACGAUUUAACCAAUGAAGCGUAAGCGUGAAAAUGGUAUUCGUCUUCUUCGUGCCAUUUUCUGUUUAGGUAUGGAGUUUGUCUGUGCAUUUAAGUGAAUCCGCUCAUCUUAGAUCCUAGCCGUUGGAAUCAACGGCGAUGAUUUAAUCAUGAAUUCUUGUGUUCGGAUUUGAAUUGGGUUUACUUUAGGUCCUAUUUUAGGCCGCAAAAUCUAUUGGGGUACACAUGGGUGUACUACGUGUCAAAAUUUUAUUGGUUGCAGCGGUUUCACCUUCAAUUGUCGCAUUUUAAUUUUCAGUAGUAUUGGUUGCUUUUAGCAUAAAUUUUAGUCGAAAUAUAUUGGCCAUAGUAUUUCAAAUAAAAUAAAUAUUUAAUGUGUAA